AUGUCUGUAGAUGUUGAUUUUAAGGUGUCUGCCAGUGGUCCAGUAGAGAAAGUAGUUGUGAAGGUAGUCAUGGAAGAGAUACAAGCUGAAAAGGUAGUCUGUGAGAAAGAGGCUACACCUGAGGUUAAGAAGGAAACUGGUAUUCAAGUACCACCUAUUGCACUUUCCUUUCCAAACUGGCAACUCAAGAGUAACCUAGACAAACAGUUUGGCAAAUUCUUGGAUGUGGUCAAAAACUUGCAGGAAUGUAGUGCUUUAUUGCAAAACAAGUCUCCACCUAAACUUAAAGACCUCGGGAGUUUUUCCAACCCAUAUAACAUUGGCAACGUUUUUAUUGAUAAAGCUUUGUGUGAUAUAGGUGCUAGUGUGUCUGUUAUGCCCUUGUCUGCCUGCACUAAAUUAAAAAUGGGUGAGCUUAAGGUUACCAACAUUACACUACAAAUGGCCGACCGUUCUGUGAAAUACCCCUUAGGUAUUUUAGAGGAUGUUCCCGUUAGAGUAGGUAAACUUUACAUACCUGUGGAUUUUGUGGUGCUAGACAAGUAG